GGGAGGCCCGGAGCGCAGCGCAGCAGCCUCGGCCCGGCGGAUCCCUGCAUCCCUGCCCCGGCGGAGGCGGCUGGCCCUGGCUCCCGGCGUGGCCCUGGCAUGUGAGCGGCUGCCGGCACUCGCACCCGCGGGCGGCUGUGCGUGCGUCUCCUCGCCGGCACACACACACGCACACCCCCAGAGCACGCCUCGCCUGGACUGCAGACAUGAGGCUCCAGCUGCUGCUUUGCAUCGUGGCUGUGCUCCUGGCGAGCCUCCUCCCAGCCUCCGGACAGCGGCCAGCCAACCUGGCUCUGCGCAGGAAGCUCCACCGGCACGGCUGCUCCCACCGGCGCUGCAUGCCGCUCCACUCCAGGGUGCCCUUCCCCUGAGCCCGGCCAGCAACUUCAUACUGGACUUUUCAGUGUUUUAAAGGAGCGACAGUUAAACCAGUAAGAGAAGUUUGUCAAAAGUCCAGAUCAAAAAGAGCUGACCUGACAGCCACCACAGUGCCAUCUUCAGCAGUCCUGUCUGUCACAUUCUGCUGUACCUGGAGCUGGCCUCUGUCUCACACCCUAAGAAGUGGUGGCAGGGAAAAGUGGUGGUGAUGGGGGACAUACAUGGACUUACCUGGUGGUAUCAUUCCCUGCAAAUGAUUUGGCUCUCACAGUGAGCAGUGAAAGUUAAAGAUCAAAUCAAACGUCAGGUAGAUUUUGAUUUGAGGUAGAUUUCCAGUGGCAGUAAGAAGGAAGGAUCUGUCCAAGGCCGCUCUUGAUGGUAUAUAAUAUUCAAACUGAGUGAAAUCUGAAGUGCUGUUGACUAUUCAUUUCAGGCUGUGUUUAGGAUGAAAUAGCAUCUGACUCCAGUAUGGAAUUGUAAAAGUCCAAUUUUUGUUUAUACUUUUAUAUAUUAGUAAUAUAUACAUAUAUGUUUUAACAUCUAACAUUACAUUCUUAUGGAAUUACCUUAAUAAUAACAUAGAAUGCAUUACUGUAAUAGCACCAAAGCCAGCACCACACUAGUGGUCCCACUAGCUUCAUGUAUAGUAGGCGUAGUAAGAGUUUACAAUAUAAGAAAGCAAAGAGCGUUAUCCCUCAUUCUAUAGAUAGAGAAUUGAAGCAUACAGAGAUAAGAGAUUAGCCAAGGGUCAUGCAAAACUGAUAACUCAGAUCUCUCAAGCCAGACCUUAAGGUCAAGCCCAUCCUCCUAUCUAAUGAGCUGUUACUGCAAAGCCUAUCAUUUGUUUUCUUAAAGUGGGCUGCCAAACCAGACAGUUAAAAGAUGCUUGAAAAUUCAGUAUUACAGAGCUAUUUGCUUAAUAGUAGUUUUCCUAAAAUGCCCUCUACAGUAUUAUAAAUAGAGCAUAAAAAUAGACCAUUGAAAAGAAUCCUUUGUUUGGUCAGCCCCAGUGUUGCAUAGCACUCUAUUCCUGUAAUUUAAAUGAAUGGGAUAUUUGAAGGUAGCACUACAAUGAAUGAAGACUUCAAACAGAAAACAGGCUGUUCUUUUCAGCACUGGAGGUCAAGAAUACAUUGAGCUUUUAGUCUGCGUUUUGGUCUUAAAAAUACAUGGUUCACAUCUGCCUUUUAUAUCAGCAGAAAUUACCUACUGACUUAUAAAGGAAAAUGUGGUGGCACUUUCAUUAGCAUAACUAAAACAACCUGAAAAUAAAGCAUACCCAGAUUUUUAAGUCAUUGUACUAGACUUGAAAUGCCAACAUUUUUUACAAAAUAUAUAAAGAUGAUCAAAGAUCAGAAGUGUCAUGGUUUAAAUCUGGUAUUACUGUUUUUUAUUCUUACAACACAUAGUUUCUAAUAAUUGAAAGAACAGCAAUCAAAAAAACUGGAUAGCUGAAACUUUCUAAUCAGUGUGCAUAUGCAACCCCUUAUCUCUGAGAACUUGAAACUUUACUUGAAUUAAUACUAGCAGGAUUUAAUAGGAGCUAUAAAUUUCUCUCCAUGAAAAAAAUCUUAAAAUGUAACUUCAGACUCAGUUCUGGAGUUGUGUAAAACCAUCAUAAAAAGAUGGUCAAACUUAACUAAAACAAUAAGCAGUCCUGCAGGUAAACCUUUUGGGUCUUGAAAAAAAACCAAAACACAGUUUCCCAAAGAAGCAUUCUAGAAUUUAUAUAUAUUUUAAAAAUUAUUUAUUUAA